CAACCAACAUGACACAACAAGAAAAAUAGACGUCCGUUAAAUGCCGAAAUCACCUUUGACAGCACUUAAAGUUGGUUAAAAGAAGCUGUUUCUGAACGCCAAAACCACCUGUUAACUCUUUUUGGCAACAUUUUGACCAACUUUUUUGGGGGCACAUGGAGUGAACGAGUGAACUUUUGGAAGAUGAUCUGAUGAUGGUGGUGAUGAAGAUGACGAUGAAGCCUGGAAGUGGCCUUCUCUCGCCGCCGUGGACAAGCGGGCGCUCAGGUGUCUUGUUCGGGGAGCUGAUGAAAGCGCGCACACACGUACGAUGAUGAUGAUGAUAAUGGUGGUGGUGGUGAUGACAGCCGGGAUUUGAGCCACUAUUGCCCACAUUUUGGGGUGCGAUGACACUCUGAAGAGAGUAAAAGACACAGAGAAAGUUUUUUUUUUGUCACCAUGGCCUCGGAGGUUGUCUGCGGGCUGAUCUUCAGGCUGCUCCUGCCUGUCUGCCUCACUGCUGCUUGUGUCUUCAGGUACAAUGUCCUGUCCUUCAUCUACCUCAUCUACCUCCUGCUUAUUCCACUCUUCCCUGAGCCCACGUGCACAACUAUGCAGGGCCACACAGGGCGUCUGCUGAUGUCCCUGUGCUUUACCAGUAUGUCCUUCCUGCUGCUGCACAUCAUCUAUCAGAUUACCGUCAACAGCCUCCUGGCCGGGAAUUCAAUCAGAUCUGACUUCAACUGUUCUGCAUGGGAGAGAUCCAUAAGGCAAAUUGGAUUUGAGAGUGUGAUUGAUGCUGACCCCGGGAACGGUAUCCGAGUGUUCAUCCCAGACAUCGGUAUGUUCAUGGUGGGCUUGGCCAUCUGGAUGCUGUGUCGCAGUUUGGUCCAAAAGAGGCCGCCUGAGGACAUGGCGCAGGAUAACGCCGACUUCGAAGCAGAGGAACAAGAAGGAGACGAGAAGUUGAGCCUAGAAGACCACAUUUUUCUCGAAGAGGACUCUGACGGGGGCUACGAGGCCGAAGAAGAUGAGGAAUAUGAAGGGCAUGAGAGUGAGGGAGGAGAAGAGGAGGAGGAGGAGGAGGAGAAAGCAAAAGAGAGCGUCAAGAUGAAGAUCCUGCGGUUGGUAGCGCAAGUCGCCUCCAAAGUGAAGGAAGUCAUCGGUAACUUAAUCACUACAGCGGGUCCGGUGGUGGUGACCGUCUUGUUGGGAAUAACGGGGAUGAUGCUACCCUCCUUGACCUCGGCGGUCUACUUCUUUAUCUUCCUGUUUCUGUGCACCUGGUGGUCCCUGCGGCGGACCUUCGACAAGCUGCUUUUCAGCUGCAUGUGCGUCCUGAUGGCCAUUUUCAGCGCCGGACACCUCAUUGUCCUCUACCUCUACCAGUUCCAGUCCUUCCAGGAUUCUGUCACGCCGGAAGACAGCUACAUCAGGUACUUUGGCAUGUCCCCUGUCAUUCAGAACGACUGUUCCAGGACUUGGAAGCUAAUCAGGAACACCAAACGCAAAUGGCACCACUUUGUAAAUCCCAUCAUGCUGCUGGUCCUCUACUACACGCUGGCCACGCUCAUUCGCCUCUGGCUGCAGGAGCCCGUUGAUGAGAUGACGGACGACAAGGAGGAAGACAUGUGCGAGGAGGAGGAGGAGCUGGUCGGAAACGGGACAAAUAACACGGCCAACAGGAAGAGGCAGCUGUGGUGGGAAUACCGGCAAGGCACCGAUGAGAAAAAUCUCCUCUCUACCCAGGAUGGCAUCAGUACAACCGAGGUUGUACUCGCCCCAAAUGGUACAUCCUUCGACUUUGUCACCGAUAACGGCCCUGUCUAUCUGGACUUGUACUCCACCCCGCACUACAAAACAGACCAGUCCGAAAAUUGUACAGAGAAGGAGGACAUGUCCGUCUAUGAGGUGAAUCUCCCUCCGAAGGACGGGGCACCGGAAUCAGGCGAGGAGAAGUCCGAGGAAGACGAGGACGCCAUAAGGAAGAGAGGAGUGGGCGCGGUAGUAAAGGUCUUCCACUUCAUCAUGAAGCAGAGCUACAUCUGCGCUCUCAUCGCCAUGAUGGCCUGGAGCAUCACUUACAUUACGUGGCUGACCUUCGUCUUCCUCAUUUGGUCCUGCAUGCUGUGGAUGAUGCGCGACCGAAGACGCUACGCCAUGUUGUCCUCGCCUUUCAUGGUGGCCUACGGCAACCUGCUGAUAGUUCUGCAAUACAUCUUCAGCUUUGAAGGCAUCCGACACGUCCCAGGUCUCUCUGUCGAGAAGAGAAACCUGUUCCACUCACUUUCCUCGAAGGUCUUGUGUCUACUGAGCUUCUGGCUUCUGCUGAGGCAGACGCUUACAGAGAGGUCAGAAAAACAAAAGGAGGACGAGACGGGCCUCUCAGACGUUCACGUGGAGGACCAAAAGAUCAAGGAGGUGGAGGAGUCAGAGCAUGAGGACGAGCAGGACAUCAUGCACGUGCUGGGCAGCAUGGUCAUGGCCAUGCUGGUCAAAUAUUGGAUCUACAUCUGCGGCGGCAUGUUCUUCUUCGUCAGCUUCGAGGGAACCAUUGUCAUGUACAAGAUCCUCUACAUGAUGAUGUUCCUGUCCUGUGUGGCGCUCUACCAGGUCCAUUACGAGUGGUGGCGAAGAAUCCUGAAAUACUUCUGGAUGUCGGUGGUGAUGUACACCAUGCUGGUGCUCAUCGCUGUUUACACCUUCCAGUUCAGACCCGACACAGCGGGCAACAAAGACGGCUUUCGGGACCUGGGCCUUGAGAAGUUCUCGGUCUCUGAGCUGUUCACCAGGAUUUUCAUUCCCACGUCCUUUCUGCUGGUGUGCAUUCUCCACCUGCACUACUUCCACGACCGCUUCCUGCAGCUCACCGACCUCCAGGCGGUGGUGGCCAAAGAGGAGAGCACUAUCUACAGGCUGGUUCACCCGGACGGCAGCCUGGCAGACCUCACCAUGCUCAGCGCAAGCUCUGGGGACACCUCGCUGUCCAAGAGCAAGGAUGAGGAGCAGGGGUCCCAAAACGUGCGGGCCGACUGCGGCGUCUCCAAAGAGCAGACCCUGGUUGUGGUGGCGGAUGAUGCGAGUUCGGCCGGUACCAAGCCAGGCAGCCUCUCCGACGCCAGGCAGUCCAGCACAGACGAAAGCCACCUCUUCAGCGUGGGCACUGAGCCAGGACAGAGCACCGAGCAGAGCUCCGACCUGAAGAACAAAUGGCACCUGGUGAUCGACCGGCUCACCGUGCUCUUCCUUAAGUUCCUGGAGUAUUUUCACAAGCUGCAGCUGUUCAUCUGGUGGCUCCUGGAGAUCCACAUCAUCAAGAUCGUGUCUUGCUACAUUGUCCUGGUUGCCAUCCGUGAGGUGUCUUUGCUGAACUAUGUUUUCCUGGCGUCGUGGGCCUUUGCGCUGCCCUACAGCCAGUAUCGACCUCUGGCCUCCAGCGUUUGCUCCGUCUGGACAUGUGUCAUCAUCGUGUGUAAAAUGUUGUACCAGCUCACGUCCAUCAAGCCGUCGUCCUUCUCCAAGAAUUGCACCAUGCCGGCAGCCUACUCCGCUAAGCUAAAGGAGGAGAUGCAGGACUCUGUGCUCUAUAAGGGGCCGGUGGAUCCAGCCAACUGGGUGGGCCUGCAGAAGAACGAGGAACUGCUGGACUACAUCAGACACAACCUCCUCAUUCUGGCACUCUUGGCGUUUGAGGUGACCGUCUACCGCCAUCAGCAAUACUUCCGACUGAGAAACAAGCUGUCGCCUCCCGCUGCCAGGAUCAUCUUCCACGAUAUCACCCGGCAACACCUGGACAUCGGCAUCAUCUGCUUCAUCAAAUACUUCAUCAACUACUUCUUCUACAAGUUUGGACUUGAGACGUGCCUGCUCUUGGUCGUCAACGUGAUCGGGCAGCGGAUGGACUUCUACGCCAUGCUCCACGCCUUUGCCCUGAUAACGGUCAUGUACCGACGCAGGAGGAAAGCCAUCGCCGAGAUCUGGCCCAAGUACUGCUGCUUCCUGGCCUGCAUGAUGACCUUCCAGUACUUUGUCUGCAUCGGGAUCCCCCCCGCCGCCUGUAAAGACUAUCCUUGGAGAUUCCCAAGCUCCAAGACAGACUCCAAUGUGGUGAAGUGGCUCUAUGUCCCCGACUUCCUCUCCAGGCCCAAUCCAUCCUUCCUUAUCUACGACUUCAUGCUGCUGCUGUGUGCCUCAAUGCAGAGGCAGGUGUUUGACGAUGAAAACAAGGCGGCCGUCCGCAUCAUGGCCGGAGACAACGUGGAGAUCUGCAGGGAUCUGGAUGCGUCCUCCUUCAGUGUUCACAACCCCGUCCCGGACUUCAUCCACUGCAGGUCCUACCUGGACAUGUUGAAAGUCAUCAUGUUCAGCUACCUGUUCUGGUUCGUGCUGACCAUCAUCUUCAUCACGGGCACCACGCGCAUUAGUGUGUUUUGCAUGGGCUACUUGGUGGCGUGUUUCUACUUCCUGCUCUUUGGCGGCGAACUCUUGCUCAAGCCUAUCAAGAAGAUCCUCCACUACUGGGACUUCCUGAUCGCCUACAACAUAUUUGUCAUCACCAUGAAGAACAUUUUGUCCAUCCUGGCGUGCGGCUACAUCAAAUCUUUGAUCCCAAAGCAGUGCUGGCUCAUCCAGCUCCUCAGCCUGGCCUGCACCAUCAAGGAGUACAACAUCAACACCAACCAGGAUCACCUGACCACUGACGAGAGGUGCGAGCUUCCCAGCGAUGAGGCGGGCAUCAUCUGGGACAGCAUAUGCUUUGCCUUCCUGCUGCUGCAGCGCCGCGUCUUCAUGAGCUACUACUUCCUUCACGUGGUGGCUGACAUCCGAGCGUCACAGAUCCUCGCUUGCAGAGGGGCGGAGCUUUUUCAGGCCACCAUUGUGAAGGCGGUUCGAGAGCGACUGGAGGAGGAGCGAAAAUCUGUAGAGCAGCUAAAGCGACAGAUGGAGCGCAUUAAGGUGAGGCAGCAAAAGUUUAAGCGGGGCAAGGAGAAGAUGCAGAGCAUCGUGCAGGAAUCUGGAGAAGGACAGACGCCCGUCCAGCCAGAGGAGGACGAUGACGGAGCACAGCGAGCGAAAGCCAAGACCAAAAAAAAGCUCUGGUGGAGGCCGUGGGUUGACCAUGCUUCCAUGGUUAGAAGUGGCGAAUAUUACUUGUUUGAAACGGACAGCGAGGAGGAGGACGAAGAGGAGGAUCAGAAGGAAGAGGAGCUGCCAAAGAAGUCGGCCUUUCAGUUCCUCUACCACACCUGGAUCACCAACCCUAAAGCUGCCCUGAAGGCGCGAGGCAAGGAGAAACGCAAAUUUUGGAAGCGAUACACAAAGGGAAUCCGACGAAAGAAAGGCAAAAAACAAACAGCUCAUGUGGGCAUCGAGGUGGGCGAGCUGUCAGACAGCCAAGACGAAAAGAAGAACUCUGGUCCAGACAACAUCAUCAAGCGAGUGUUCAACAUUAUCAAGUUCACAUGGGUGCUCCUGCAGACCACCGUGGACAGCUUCACCAAGUGGAUGAACGAUGUGUGCAGGGAGUACAUCGACAUCUCCACCGUGCUGCGCAUCGAGCGCUGCAUGCUCACCAGGGAGGUCAAGAAGGGCAAUGUGCCGUCACGGGAGAGCAUCCACGUCUACUACCAGAAGGCCAUGAGGCUCAACAUGUCGCGGCAGGCCAGCAUGGACCUGCUCAGUGAGGACGAGUCAACCGGGGGUUCUUCGAGGCGCCGUCGAAGACGGAGGGGCUACCCUAUGGAGAGCCAGGCUUCCUCGGCCUCCAGGGACAGCAUAUCAAGCGCCUACACAGAGGCCACCACAUUGUUUUCACGUCAGUCCACCCUGGAGGACCUGGACGGGAUGCCAGAGUGCAUCCCCAAAACCAGCGAGCGUGCCAGGCCAAAGCUGCGUAAGAUGUACGGCAUGGACAUGUCCAACUCGUCCAUGGACAGCUGCAGCAGCUUUGUGUCCAGACAGGGCACCACAGAAACAAUAGAAGAAGAGGUGGAGGACGAGCGAGCGCAACGCAAGGACGAGCUACACAUUCCUUGGAAAUCCCAGCAGCUCGAUGAGUCCGAGGAGGAAGGCGGAGCUAGCAGUAUAGGGGGAUCCAGGGAGGAGGAGCAGGAUAAGGGGAGUGAUUGCCAAGAGAUGCCUGACGUUGAAGGACAGGAAGCACAGAAUGAGGAGAGAAAUGUUCUCUCGGAGUCUUUUAACCAAGAAGAAGGCCCCUCCCACACACUACAAGAAGCGGAAUCCACCGGUUCUGCUGAGGAGAAGGACAUAAUUAGCGAGAGUGAUGGCGGAGAGGUCCAGCAGGACUUGGUGCAAACCCCACCAGGGAUCCCCUGCACCCCGGACACGGACGCCUCCAAAACAUCUGAGGCCGACGUGCCGCCCAGCUACAGCAAAGCGGUCAGCUUCGACCGGCUGGACAUCAGUGACGAGAGUGACGAGGAAAGGGGACAGCGGUGCAUGAUGAUGACCUCAGACAGCCGCUCGGACAGCAGGUCCGACAUCCUGCUGCCCUCCAUGACCACUGAGCUGACUGCCAGCGAACUGCUGCUCACCAAGAUGUUUUAUGACGAGGAGCUGGACCAUUCAGAAACGUUCUACAAAAGUCAGCCGCUGGUUCUGCAACUAUGCUACGCGCUCUACAACGUGCUGGUGGCGCACUCGGAGAUGGUGUGCUACCUGGUCAUCAUCAUCAACAACAUGGUGUCGGCCAAUUUUGCCACCUUGGUUCUUCCCGUUACCAUCUUCCUGUGGGCCAUGCUGUCUGUGCCGCGCCCCAGCAAGCGCUACUGGAUGACCGCCAUCGUCUACACUGAGGUCACCAUCGUCAUCAAGUACUUCUUCCAGUUUGGUUUCUUCCCCUUCAACCAGAACAAAAUAGGCAAGGACAAACCCUACCACCCUCCCAACAUCAUCGGCGUUGAGAAAAAGGACGGUUACGUCCACUACGACCUGGUCCAGUUACUGGCGCUCUUCUUCCAUAGAUCCAUCUUGAAGUGCCAUGGCCUCUGGGACGAGGAAGACCCCAAGGAGAGGAAGGAGCAGCCCCGUCAGAGCGAGUCGGAAGACGAAGGGAGGGAAAAGGACGAGAGCGAAAGGGAGUCAGAAGCUGCCUCCUCGCUGGUCUGCAAGAGGCGUGGCUCCACUCAAACCUUGAGGUCCAUAAACUUUGGUACCUCUGUGGAGUCAGGGCACGUCCAGCUGCACAACCCGCAGCAGCCCACCUACCAGCGCCGUACCAGUGGAGCUUCGCACAUCUCGUACACCUCGCACAGAUCUCAGCAUUCGUCUGCACCAUCUAAGCGAGAAAGUACGGGCUCAGUUUGCAGCAGCCACAAAGACAGCAGCGAGGCCAGCGUCCAUCAGAAGAGCAGGAAGCAGAUGAUCCUAGAGAAACUGAAGGAACAGUUCUUCAAGGCCAAAGCUUUCAUCUCAAAGAAGUUCAUGGAGGUUUACGUGCCCAUGCGUCAGUUCUUCUACGACCUGAUUCAUCCUGAGUACAGUGCCGUGACCGACGUCUAUGUGCUCAUGUUUCUGGCCGACACGGUGGACUUCAUCAUCAUCGUCUUCGGCUUUUGGGCCUUUGGCAAACACUCCGCGGCAGACAUCACUUCCUCUUUGUCCGAGGAUCAGGUGCCGGGACCCUUCUUAGUCAUGGUCCUGAUCCAAUUUGGCACCAUGGUGGUAGACCGAGCCCUCUACCUGCGGAAGUCUGUCUUGGGCAAAGUCAUCUUCCAGGUCAUCCUGGUCUUUGGCAUCCACUUCUGGAUGUUCUUCAUCCUGCCAGGAGUCACCGAGAAGCGUUUCAACAAGAACAAGGUGGCUCAGAUGUGGUAUUUUGUCAAGUGCAUCUACUUCGGGCUGUCGGCCUAUCAGAUCCGCUGUGGCUAUCCCACCCGCGUGCUGGGGAACUUCCUCACCAAGAGCUACAACUAUGUCAACCUCUUCCUCUUCCAAGGGUUCCGGAUGGUUCCGUUUCUUACAGAGCUUCGAGCCGUGAUGGACUGGGUGUGGACGGACACGUCGCUGUCUCUGUCCAGCUGGAUCUGCGUUGAGGACAUCUACGCUCACAUCUUUAUCCUCAAAUGCUGGCGAGAGUCUGAGAAGAGGUAUCCCCAGCCGCGCGGCCAGAAGAAGAAGAAGGUGGUGAAGUACGGCAUGGGGGGGAUGAUCGUGAUGCUGCUGAUCUGCAUCGUCUGGUUCCCACUGCUCUUCAUGUCACUUGUCAAGUCGGUUGCCGGCGUGGUCAACGCCCCGCUGGACGUCUCCUUCGAGAUCACCCUGGCCGGCUUUCAGCCUAUCUUCACCAUGAGCGCUCAGCAAAAACAACUGCAGAAUGUCACAGAAGAGGAGUUUGAACGUUUUAGGAAAUUGUACAGUCUUGACGAUGGGGCGCUGCAGUGGCUGGAGAGCUACACGGCGGGCGACCUGAUCAUCGCCGAGCUCAAGGGCAGCUCCAACUCGUUGUGGACCAUCAGUCCUCCCAGCAGGAACACCCUAAUGGACAUGUUAGACUUAGACGAGGACUUUCCCAUCACCGUGUCCUGGUCUGUGCAACGAAACCUCACUCUAGGCGCCAAGGCCGAGACCGCUUCGGGCAAGCGCAUGACCAAUCUGGAUGAGGAGACCAAGAAGAAGCUGAUACUGCUUCUCAAUGGAACCAACAGUAACUCGCACGUAACGCUCACCAACAUCUUCCCUCGUUACAUCAGAGCCCCCAGCGACUCUGGCGCCAAUCCUGUGGAGCAGCUUCAUAAAGAUGACAAGAUGCUGGACAUCAGCCUGAGCUUGAGGCAAGUGCAAACGGACCAGCGGCAGCCCCAGGAAUGGUGGAUCGUCAACCAGACCGAAGUCGGUCCCAUCGAGAAGAAGAGUCGGAGCAGAGACGCCUGUCUGGAGUUGUACGUGUUCAGCGACCAAGUCAGCCCGCCCAGUUUGGGCUUCCUGGCGGGAUACGGCAUCAUGGGCCUAUACGCCUCGGUGGUCCUGGUCAUCGGCAAGUUCGUGCGAGAGUUCUUCAGCGGCAUCUCGCACACCAUCAUGUUCGAAGAGCUGCCAAACGUGGACCGCAUCCUCAAGCUGUGCACCGACAUCUUCCUGGUGCGGGAGACGGGCGAGCUGGACUUGGAGGAGGACAUGUACGCCAAGCUCAUCUUCCUGUACCGCUCGCCGGAGACCAUGAUCAAGUGGACGCGGGAGAAGACGCAGUGAGGCGGGCGGCAAGGGUGACGAAAAACUUUUUUUUUUUUUUUUAAUUUGACACGUGGGGCGUGCGAAAGCGCCGUUUUAGUCCCACGUGUUGAGCACAAGUCUGCUGGUGCUGGACACAACACUUUUAGUAACGCCUCCAUGUUGCUUCCCACCCCGAAUGACGACAAAUGUGUUUGUUGACAGCUCAUUUCCUGCUCAACGAUCACUCUGCUGUCGUUUUCUACUUGGACAAAAAAAAAAGGACCUGCAAAGCACAAAUUGUCUUCUCCAACGGGUAAGCUUGGAACACAGGGGGAGCGUGCAAUAGUUUUUCAAUGAAUGUCGACGCGGAAUUCGAUUUGGGAGAGCCACUCAUCAAAGACCACCUUCACUUGCCUUAUUUGGUUUCUUAACUUUCUCAGGAAGCGCUAUUUUCACACGUAAGUAACCCUCGUAUGAAACUAUGGAUCCAAAGAAACCCACACGGUCUAUUUCAAUAAACGGCAUGACUUUUAGCGCUGGACUCUUCGGCGCAAAGACACUCUUUCUGCACACCUGCUGGGGUGGGUUCUUGCAGAUUUCCCCCCCAAUCAGAGUAACGCGCGUCCAGCAGGUGAACCUUUUGAUCAAAGAAAAAAAGGGCUGAACGGUUCCGACUAUGCAUUAAAUGACAUUGUAGCAUGAGAGAAACACUUCAUUAUUACAACUACGUAUUGAUAAGAUGAUAAGACUAUUCGGACGUCGCGGAGGUGAAAUGUGAAAAGUGUAUGUUGAGGCUUUGAUGCCGGGCGAGAUGAAUAAAAGGA